ACCAUCCAAGCAUACAAAACAUGGAAGAACAGGCAGACCUCUCGCAGGAAUGGAUCGAGCGGGAACGUCCACCGACGAUCAGAUUCCAAGGCUCAAGUUCUCUUUCUGGCAGUGUCAAUGUACUGAGCGAUAAGCCUGCAAACUGGUCCAACAUCCAUGAAGUUGCCGGGCGCGAUAUCUUUACAAAGCCGCAGACGGGCCUCGAGCGAAUGUUCAUGCAGCCGCCCAGUGAUGUUGACGAAGGUCUAAGUAUGGUGGAAGAAGCAGCGGCCGAGGAAGAAGCCGAGGAGGAAGAGCAGGCGACCUCUGGCGAAGAGACGCGACCGGGGACAGUCAGAUCAGCGGAUGGGAUCUACGCCAACUUUUCCUUCCCAUUCAGACCAGAGUCGCAAGCGAGAGCAAGGGUCGAGGACGAGUCUUCUGCUGCCAUUACAACUGUUGCUGCUGCAACGAUGCCUCGGUCACCAGAGCAAUUCACAUCACCACUCACAGCAAUGACACCUCGUCAACCUGUCUCGCUGGGAAUGCAAUCACCCACCAAAUCACCGCUGAAGCUCUUUCACAACGAGUACGAUACAUUCACCAAUGACAAACUCUCAGACAUGAUUCACAUCCUUGGCUCACGCACGCCAGCGCUACAAAAGGUCGCAGAGCAGUCGGAACCCAUUCCCGAGGAAGUUUCCCCAGAAGUCGACUCACACCAACCCAGCAAGAACGGUACAGGCAAGUCUCAUCAAUCUGGUGUGUCAGCGCAAACAGAAGUCACAGACCACGACAUGGGACCUGAACGGAAACGUCCGAAACAUGAACCCAAGGGCAGCAUCACCACACAAAACUUUUACAGCAAUGCAAAUGAUGUGAUGGCACGACUACGCAUGAAAGGCGGUGGUCUUGGAAAGGGUCUUCCACGCGUCACGGAAGAUCGUACAUCGACUGCCGGGUCUUUGCAUGCAGGAACUACACCCCAUCCCAGAAAAGCAUCUGGUGGACUGCUUCACAAAGAAGACGAGCAUCGCAGAGUCAGUGGUUUGGUGCCACAACCCAGUGGGUUUGAAGCAAUGAAUAUUCCCGUUGACAAGUUUGCUGCACCUGGUUUCGGAGCGAGUACCAAGUCUCAUUUUAGUGAUUGGACAAGUGCCACUGAUUCACGUAGUGUCUCGGCUGCAACAACAACAAAGCAGCACGAGCUCGAGAAGAAGAUGCGCAUGUAUGAUUCUGUUAAGCAGACGUGGAUCUCGACACCUGCGCGGAUGGCACCUUCGCCAGCUGUCCAGCCAGAACAAGAGGAAGUACAGACAAAACAACCCAAAUAUCAGAAUAUCCCACCAAACCCAAAUAUGACGUUGCGAAAUGGAGAUAUGGUGUACAGUGCUAGUCGACUUGAAUGGCGGCACAUCAGCGAAGAGACUGAGCGUGGAACGUUCGUUCAAGAUGCAAGUCAUGUCAAGGGUGCUCAAGGUUAUCCAGAUGAAUUGGACCUCAGCAAUACUGAAAGCUCACGCUCGAAUGCAAAUGAAGCGCAGGAGGAGAGUAUGCAGAGCCUACCACAACGACGUAUGCCCAUCCCUGUGCCUGCACAGUCACCAGCGCAAUCCGCUUAUGCUCAAGAGAUGACUAAAGUUACGCAGCAUGGUCGAUACCAAGAAGAUUCAGAUGUCUCUGCAGAUGCAUCACUGUCCAUGGAUUCGAUUGAGGUUACUAUGUCGCAGUCGACUGCCGAUUUGGUGGAAGCCAUCAGCAAGCGCUAUCCAAUCGAUAUCUGGGAGGCAGUCGUCAAUGCUGACCUUAGCGAUUUGCAUUUGAGAUCAUUGACUGGAUUGUACAAGUGCUUUCCCAACUUGAUCAAGUUGAAUGUCGCCAACAAUCAAUUGUCGCAUUUAACCGAUUUGCCAGAGAGCUUGCAGGAGUUGAACGCCAGUCGUAAUCAGCUUGACGCACUCACAUCCUUCUCACACUUGCCAAACUUACAACGGCUUGUGCUGAACGACAACUUGCUCCCGGAUCUUGAGGGACUCGGCAAGCUCCCUCACCUUUGUCAUCUCGAAGUCGAUCGCAACCACUUACAGAGCUUGACGGGCGAAUCCCUAUCAAGUCUCGUCACCUUGUCUGCAAAGAACAACCAGUUGUCAUGGUUUGAAGUGCUCCCUGGGGAACUACCGGCCCUCGAAACGCUAGAUUUGUCACACAAUGAAUUGGACAUCAUCAGCGGUCUGUGUGAGCUAUCUAAUCUGCUCUCCCUCAAUCUGGACCACAAUAAAUUGCAGUUCUUCCAACUUGGCGAUAAUGAUGGCAGGAUCAUGCCGGACCUCAAGAUGGUGCGGGUGUGUGACAAUGACCUCCAUACCUUUGACAUGCAGCAGAUCCCCAAUGCGCGACUCGUCUACUUGGACAAUAACGCUAUCACCAACUUGCCCAUGCCAAAUACAAUGAAGCACUUGCAAAGCUUCUCCUUGCGGCGACAAAGGGAUAGUAACAUCAUGGCAAAUCUCGACUGGGUUGCGUUGAGGGAAGUUGAACGGUUAUACCUUUCUGGCAAUAUCUUGGAAGACUUUGACUUUCCUACAGCGUUCUUGUCACUCAAAUAUCUUGAGCUUGCUGGAUGUCACUUGACGGGCUUGCCUGCCAACUUGUCUGCCGCGGCGCCCAACUUGCGCGUAUUGAAUGCUUGUGGCAAUCAAUUAGUCGACCUCUCGUGUCUGGCUGAGCUGAGUCGUCUCGAGCGUUUAUUCCUACACGGCAAUAAACUUGCAAACCUGGCAGAGUUGAGUCGAGUCUUAGGGACGCUUGAUGCCCUCAAAGUGCUUGAUGUGCGUGGUAAUCCAGCAACAAAGGGGUUUUAUGCAGGAAGCACAGCCAUCUCUAGUUCUCAACAAGGAGAUUCGGUUGACUAUUUUGCGAAUUUCGAUGUGUAUGCGAGUGGUGAGGGGGAACGACAGGCUUGGCAGACGUUGGAUGAGCAGUUCAAGGCGACGUUAUCUCCAAAAACACUGAAACGCAGAGAGGCGUAUCAGCAGCUGGUGUGGACGCUAUGUCGCAGUCUACGAUGGCAUGAUGGACGACCAUUAUCAAAAGACCAGCUCGUUUUGGCGGAUCAGCAUCUUGAAAAGUCGGCGACUGCUUGAAGUGUUCUUUUUGUUUAUUACGUAUGCAAGGACGUUCUUUUGGCCGUUUUGUGCAUUACAUAGCUGUACAAAUAUAGGAGAUUGCAAGACUUUGUUUAUUAUAUCUCG